GUAUGUCCUUUUAACGCCAAAAGCCGGAGAUUCCACAGUUUUUGAUGAGCCAUACGAGGUAAACUUCUGGCCCUGGGGCUUGGGGCUAUUUUUACCGAUUAUCAGAAACUUUUUCUUAUUUAUGACUCCACUGGAUCUCGAUUUCUCAUCUCUCUUCAAACCCUCUACUCAACUUGCUUUCUCACUGCUUUUCCCCCCUUUUCACAUAUAAAAGCCUUGUAUUGCCACCAUGCAUGGCAGACCCCUUUGAAUCUCAUUUGUGCAGUUACGUCUCACUUAUUUCCACUACCUACACCAUGAAUGUACGCGAGACGAGAUCAUCGUCAGCUUCCCCACCACCAAUGAUCCAAUCACCGAUCACUCAAAAUGAACCACGCCAAGAUACCGUCGAUUCUGCGACGGAAACUGCGAAUGUGGACCAAUACAAACGAGUUGAAUCUGAGCAGACGCUGUGCGAUAAGUCGGGGACAGUUUCACCGAAAACCGAAAAGUUCUUUUCGUACCAUCAGAAAUCUUCAGGAGAUAUGAGAGAGCAUAGGAUCGAGGAGGAUACUGGCCCACAGUUUUUGGGUGCGUAUGAGCAGGAGCAGCCGUCGACCCCAGAGCAUGACAGGCAGGCAUCUUCGGACAUCUUGCACUGUCAACUGUCUCGGCCUCAAGGGGACGAUAUCGAAUUGGGUCCUGAGCCGGAAAGAGAGGCUGUUCAAUGGAUCGAAGGCCAAUCCUCAUUCGUCAGAUUCUGCUUCAUCACAUGUUGCUGCACUACCCAAUUGAUUGUCCAGGGACAGCUGGGAAUGGUUAUGAUUCCGCUUCAUUAUAUUGGUGACUAUCUAGGGACGACUGACAAUGGCCAGUUGAAUUGGAUGGUUGCGAGCUAUGGGUUGACUAUCGGAAUGUUCCUUGUUGCUUCUGGUAGGCUAGGUGACUUAUAUGGUCCGAAACUCAUAUGGGUGCUUGGCUUCAUUGUCCUGAUGUCCGCAAACAUUGGCACGGGCUUCUGCAAGAGUCCCAUCCCAUUUGAUAUCUGCCGAGCUCUGACAGGUGUUGGCUCUGCCAUGUGCUUACCCAAUGCCCUCGCAAUCCUGGGGAGGACCUACCCUCCUGGCAAAGUUCGCAACGUUACUUUCGCUAUCCUCGGUGCACUUGCACCUGCAGGGUGGUGUAUAUCCGGCGGUGUGGCUUCUCUCUUUGCACAGUUUGUCGACGUGCGGUGGAUAUGGUGGUUUGUUGCGAUAUUCAUAGCCGCUUUCCUCGCCAUCGGGCUGUACAUUCUUCCUCCUGACCAAAACCUUCCCCCUCGGUCUGAACGUCAUUUUGACAUACCCGGUGCGGUACUCCUGGCGCUUGCCCUGGGGUUAUUUAACUUUUGUUGGAAUCAAGCUUCGGUGGUCGGCUGGGAAACUGUGUAUGUGUAUGUCUUGCUGAUUGUAUCAAUCGUCACUUUUGUCGCGUUCUUUUUAUGGGAGAGGCGUAUAGGGAGAAAAGCCCUGGUUCCGCUUGAGAUUCUGACCAGGAAGAAUCUGUUGGUAUAUCUCUCAUUAUGGCUGGGCUGGAUGAGCUUUGGUACUUUUCUGCUGUAUACUACUUUGUUCAUCCAUGACAUCCGGGGCUAUACCCUACCCUUGACAAUGACGGCCCAAACAACCCCGUUUGUCUUUGGGGGUGUAACAGCGGCUUUGUCCGUACCUUUCCUCAUCCAUCGCCUGCCCGGGCAUGUCAUCUUUUUUAUCGCUAUGUGUGCGUUCAUGAUCGGUAAUAUCCUCGCUGCGACAGCUCCUGUGGACGGUACCUAUUGGGGAAAUACGUUCUUCAGUAUCCUUAUAGGAGUAUUUGGCCCUGAUUUAAGCUUCGCGACUGGUCAGUUGAUCGUCAGUAACUCGGUAGACGUUGAAUUUCAAGGGAUCGCAGCAGGCCUAGUCAGUAUGAUUACCAACUACUCUAAUUCGAUAGGACUUGGAUUGACUGGGACUGUUGAACGCUAUGUUCGUGGUCCCGAAAACCUUUCCCAAUCAGAUUUAUUGUAUGGCUAUCGAGUAUCAUUCUAUUUUGGGACAGCAUUGGCGGCGAUGGCUGUUAUUGUUGUCGGGCUUUUUGUUAGGAUGCCUACUGAAGGCAAGCGUUUAGAUGAUGAGAGAAAGAAGGCGGAGCACUGAUAGAUGGAUUCUUGGCCGCCCGUGAUAGAUACUGUAAAUAAAGAUCACAAAUAUAUGAUAUGUACGUAUCGA